AUGUCUCUGUAUGAAACUUGGCCUACCACUGACGGCGCCUUGAUGCAGACUGUGAUAGAGAUUGGGAAUGAACAGAAGAACUUGGACAAGAAGAAGCUUGUCAAUGAGAUCCUCAUGGCCGUCUUCCUGGUUGUUCUGUUCCUUAGGGAAGUCAAUGUCAUUGCUGAUGCCUUUGCAGACCUGGCGUGUAUCUUGACCGUAGUUAGUGAUGUUGCAACGGCGGGCUACACCAUCUAUGCCAUGGCGGACGAUCCAAAGGAAGCUAUCCCCAUCCUCUUUAAGACGCUCCUUUUUGCGGGACAGCAGACUCCGGACGAAUUUGGGACCAUGGCUGCGGCGAGACACAAGAUCACAGAUGAGACCAUUAGUUCCUUGGGUCCAGUUUUCGAACAAGAAAGUACCGUGAUUAAGAAUAUGAUCCAGGAUUGUGUUAAGGGUUGA